AUGCGCUAUUUUAAUGGACUUGUUAUUCUGGCGAUCGGAUGGCGCUUCGUCCUUGGAACGACAACUUCUUGGCCAACAACGUGCUCGAGUGCAGCCGAUGAGAUGUGGCAAAACACGUGCCCUAUACGUACAGCAAAUAACACGAAUUACGUCUCUCCUUCAGGCAUGACAUCGGCACAGAUUAAUGUUGAUGAGAAUAAUGCUAUUGUAGCUUAUAAGACUGCACGUCAGAGUGCAUUGAAACUUAGUGCUAUUGCAGGCAAUUCCGCUAUGUCUGGAAUGCGUCAAAAAAGUGAGACGUGGUACAAACGAUCGUUGGUUAGUUUCACCACUUAUAUAUGUGUAAAAUCCUCCACUGCACCGGAACUUGAGCGCUGUGUCGACUCUUCAAGCAGUGAUGCCGUACGUGACAUUGACGGUAAAUGUGUUCUCAUGCUUGAUGCCGACUCGUGUAAUAACAAAGGAAAAUGUGAGCGUCGGAGUAAUUGCAAGUGGGACGAUGUAAUUCCAAAUGGAACAGAAAGUCGUCGAAAGCUAUUUACCGAUGAAGAUGUUAUAGUUGCGGAGAAGUGGAUGUCAAUGGGCUAUCCAAGUUCAUUGGCACCGUUUGUGGCUCCUGGUACUGUCAUGGGAGUUCUUACGGCCUUGGGCUGCAUUGGGUUUGUCUUGCUUCGGUGUUUUUUUAACCGUUGUGGAGGACGAGAGCCAAACGAAAAAGGGUAUUCGCGCUGUGAUAUUAUUGUGCCAACGCUGAUUUUCCUUAUCUGCUCGCUGGCAGUUUUCAUCUGUAUGGUUGUUACUGCAGCACUUAAUACGAACAUCUCGGACGGUGUCGAAGAUGUGUUGUAUUCGCUGAAAGCUACUUUACAGAAUGCAAACAUCUUUGUGAAUAAUCUCCUUACUCCACUUAAUAAUGCCACGACAGAGUUUGCGGUCGCCUCAAAAGCAGUUGCUGCGCAGCUUAAAAAGACUAAUUGGAUCGCUACGGACGGUGCUACUCUUCGGAAAAUGAUUCUCGACUUUGAAAGUAUCUACUACAAUCACGGCUCGUUUCCGAAACUUACGUGCGAUCCCGCUACGAGUGAGACAUUCUGUUUGGCGUGUCCUGAUAGAGUUUGUGGUUCUCCAGUCACGCAUUUCAUUAACAGUACUGGAGCCGCUAUCUCGACCAGCAGUGAUAUUGUGGACAAUUCUGUCAGCUUGCUUCAAACUUCAUUUGUAUUUGGCAGUACCGCUAUAGAUAUGACCUUGCGUACUGCGGUACGGGAUAUGACUGCCCUCGGUGCAAUGACAAAUAGUUCCAUCGAUGUUGUCGACGUUCUCACCAAUACAUUUAAUGACUUGUCCUAUUCUCGUAGUGCACUUGUCGUAUGCGUCUUUUUUUUUGGAAUGAUCGCGUCAAUUGUGGGCAUCAUCGCUAUUGUUAAAAAUGCUUGCACUACCAAGUCAACCAAGUGGGUACAUUUACUUCACGUGAGCUGGUCACUUGGUGUGCUGGUCUGUGUUUUGAGUUUUGUAUUAUCUGCCUCACUCCUUGCUGUCGGUGCUGUGUGGUAUGAUUCAUGCGAAUACAUGAAGUUGCUGCAUCAAGAUAUGUCUCCAUAUGCUUCAAAACAGAUGGCAGCAAUGGCAAAUGCGUGCUUUAACGGUAGUACCAUUCUAGCACCGCUGGGACUUGCUGUUCCGUUGUCAUUCUCGUGUAAUAUCGAAGACGAGUAUAGAGUCCUUCAGAUUGCAGAUACGAAAAUGGUGGAAAGUAUCAUCUCGAGUUAUGGUGAGACUGUUUCGAAUUAUGAUCGCAUGGACUUUAACUUUAAUUCGACGAAAGCAAGAAGUCUCGUGUCAAAGCUUUCGAUUGCAGCAGAGGCAGCAUUGAGAAAACCAAUUGUAAAGUUUACACAGGAAAAUAUCUUGACGCCGUGGGUAGCAUACAACGAGCCGUCUACAUCCUACAAUUGUGUCAACACGUCUAUUGAUGACCUACCCGUGUGCUUUAUGACAGGUUUAUGUGACUCGAAUUCAUCAUCUAACACGACGCUCCAAGCUGCUUGUCAACUAGCCUUUUACGAAACUUACGAAUAUCUUUUAGCCUUUGACAAGGCAAGUAUGAUGCUUGGCGAGAUGCGCGAGACGUUAUUGGGUGACACGGGUAAAAUCUUUCCAGAUCAAUGGAACUACUCGGUCUCCAUUAGUGAAUUUGCUAAAGCUUAUUUCACUAAGAUUACAGCUCUUAAGACUGAUACAUUAUUAAACAUGCUUGGCGAAGAUGGUGCUGUGCGAAACAUGCUGACAGCUGUGGAACAGACUCGGUGUUCAGGGGAUUGUUCGUGGGCCAAUUUAUCAUUUGAUGCCAUAAACGAAGCGCUUUGCCAUAAUGUCUUGGGCACGACGCUUGCUAUUUCACUCUGUGCAUUAUUUCUAAGCCUCUUUCUCUUACCUCUUAUAAUCUCAGCCAUUAUUCUACAAAAGCGUCUUCGUGGUGUGGCGCAAGGCACAUAUGACCAACUAGAAGCGCGAUUACAGGAGUUGGAACGCCGUGCUAAGCAGCAAAAAGGAGAAAGCGAGGGUUUAACACCUAAUGAUCCCAGUGUGAAGCCAUCAGGUGGCCUUAGUGCGCUUGGCGGGCUUUUUAAGGGCAAAAAGGUGCAAUCACCGAUAUAA